UUUCCGGCGGAACACGAGCAGUGCGUUUUUGGCGUGUGGUAGCCGUCAUGGCUACUCACAGCAACAACUUUGUGCGCGUGCGAUUAUACUUUGACUAUCCGCCGCCCGCUGUCAUUGAUUGCCGCAUGUGCUGGCUGCUGGUGGACUUGAACACGUGUCGCGUGGUGUCGGAUCUGGAGAGUAUCAUCAGGGAGAAGUUCGAGUUCAGCCGCGGGAGCAUCCUCAGCCUCUUCAUAGAAGACUGCUACCUGCCGCACACGGAGAGCAUCUAUGUGGUGCGGGACAACGACAGCGUCAGGGUGAAGGUGGACUACCUGGCUCAGGUGAAUGGGCACGGCGGCUGUCCAGAUACAGCAAGUGAAAACAGCAGAAAGAGGCAGAGACCCGCAGAGGAGGACGGGCCCGGGGAACAUGGAGUGGGUGUGGAGCUGAAGAAGAAAAAGAGGAAAAAAAUGUGUCUGGAGAGGGAUGCUAAGCAGGCUUUAGUUGAUGAGAGCACUGACAAGUCACAAGGAAAGCAAAAAGAGAAGAGGAAAAGAAAGGAGGCGGAGGUAAAUGGCCCUGCUGUCACCUGCAAACCAGCUGCUUCUACCAAUAAAAUCCCAGCUAGUGUACACCAGCCAGUUAAAAGCACCAAGAAACCCCCAGUGGCACCAGCAAGAACACAGAAUGUCUCCUCUUCAGAUUCCAGUAGUGAAGAGGAUGCAGCUCCCAAAAAAAGAGCUGCUCAAAAACCGGCACCCAAAACACCCUCCUCCACCCCUGCUGCUUCCAAGGUGCCUCCAACCACCAAACCCAGGCAGACAAAAUCACACCCUCCUCCGUCAUCCUCUUCUGAAACAGUCUCCUCCUCUGAUGAGGCCUCCAGUGUAAAAAGCCCGCCAAAAAACAAGCCCGUGAACUCCACAGCCCCCAAAGGAAGAAUAAGUGAAAACUCUAAAUCUCAGCAGGCUCCUCCGGCCCAGCAGUCCACAAACGGGGCACAGAAACAGGCUGCGAGCGUAGCGCUGCCUCCUCGUGACAAAACCACGGAGCCUUGUGACUCAGACGGACAAGAGGAGAUCGAGCUGGUUAUCCGACGGCCAUUGCAGCUGGGCCGUGGUGUGGGUAGGCCGUCGGCUUGGGGAGGCCGUGGCCGGGGGAAAAACAGGCGUGGUGGACCUGGAGAGUUUGGAUGGGGUGAAGGCAGAGGGGGCAUCAGAGGGCACAAGGACGGCUUUGACUUCAGCUAUAAUGGGACCAAGGAGCCAUCCUACCAGACUGAUUCACUGACCAACAUGUCUGUGGUCCUCCAGAACGGCGCAGAAAGUGCUCCCAAACAGGAUUACAGCUCUAUGCCCCUGCUAGCUGCACCUCCACAAGUGGGGCAGAAGAUUGUGUUCAAGUUGCUGGAGCUAACCGAGAACUAUACACCUGAGGUAUCAGAAUAUAAGGAGGGAAAGAUCCUGAGCUUUGACCCAACCACCAAACAGGUUGACCUGGAACUACUUAAUACUUUUCAAGCUCCUGUAGAACCUGGAAAGUUUGACCUGGUUUAUCAGAACCCGGAUGGCUCGGAGAGCGUGGAGUAUGCAGUAUCCAGAAGCUCUCGGGUGACAGAACGGUGGGACUCCCUGCUGGAACCAAGGCUGAUCAUUUAAAUUUGACCAGUGACUGUGUACACCUCCCCCCAGUUUGGCAAAAUGGAUUUGCCUUUUCUCGAAUAAACUAUUUUCAGGAUCCUGUGAUAUGUUCUCCAGCGCCUGAGUUAAACUGGGAGUCCCCUCUUUACAUUGCGUAUGAAAGCUAAGGGAUAUGAUAGUUGAAUAUAUUCUCUUGUCUGUGAGCUGCUGCAUUGCAAUGUACAGGUGUACCUAUUGAAAGAUUUUUUAAUCGUUGCAUUUAAAUUGGGUUAGAUAUGAAAUGCUGUUAUUUUUAAUAUGUGGAAUGAGUGAUUGUUUCCAGGACUGGGACUGUACAGUUGUGUGACUGACUAUCAGUCUUGUAUAAUCUCUUUUUGUAAUAAAACCCUGUGUCUUCUG